AUGGGCUUUUUCAACCUCGCUUUUGGAAACAACAACACUUUUGUGCGUCCUUCAUACUUUGUGAUAAGUGGAUUUAUUGGCAUUCCAUAUAUUAAGUAUGUCUAUGUCCUUUUUUUGUUUGUUUAUAUUGUUUCAGUGCUGGGAAACACAGUUGUAAUGGCUGUAAUAUACUUGGAUCAUAAUCUGAGAACUCCAAAAUAUGUUGCUGUUUUUAAUUUAGCUUUUGUGGACUUGUGUGGUAGUUCUGCUCUGGUGCCAAAGCUUCUUGACAUCUUUCUGUUGGAUCAUCCAUACAUCUCCUACAACGACUGCUUGGCAUUCUUUUUUUUCUGCUACACCUGCCUUUCUAUGCAGUCAUUUAAUCUGGUUGCACUCUCCUAUGACAGACUGAUAGCUAUCAUCUUCCCCCUGCACUAUCAAGUGAAGGUGACCCACAGGUUUAUGCUGUCGUUGAUUGCUUCAUUCUGGGUCUUUGUAAUUAUUGUUGUACUUAUUGCAACUGGCCUUCUUACACGACUUUCCUUCUGUAGUUCUGUGGUUAUUAAAAGCUAUUUUUGCGACCAUGGCCAGAUAUUCAGGUUGGCCUGCAAUGACACAACUCCCAACUCUGUCAUUAGUGUGUUGUUACCGGUUUUUAUUCUUUGGCUCCCACUGACAUUUAUCUUGUUUAGUUAUUCAUAUAUUGGCUACGCAUUGUCUAAAGUGGCCACAGUUCAGGAAAGAGUAAAGGCAUUUAAAACCUGCACAGCUCAUCUUUCAUUAGUGACAAUUUAUUUUCUCCCAAUAAUAAUCACAUUUACUAUGAGUUCAAAAAUUGAUCCAAAUGCCAGGAUCAUAAACUUGUCUCUGACCUCCGUCUUUCCUCCCAUGCUGAACCCAAUCAUUUAUGUUCUGCAGACGGAAGAAAUCAAACAAUCUGUUAAAAAAAUAUUAAAAAUGAGAAAGAAAUCCCAUAUUAUGGUAAAAAGAAAUGAAUCCUAA